CCUUGCUACAAUGGCAUCUGCUGAGCUGAGGGACAAGCUGAACUGCUCCAUCUGCCUCGAGCCUCUAUACGGAUCCCAUAUCACUGAGAUGUGGACACAACUUCUGCCGCUCGUGCAUUGUAAGUGUGCUGGAUGCACAGGAGGCAGGUGGAGUGUAUUCCUGUCCUGACUGCAGAGCGGAAUAUCCAGAGCGUCCGGCCCUGGAGAAGAACAGGAAGCUAAGUAAUAUAGUGGAGUGUUUCUUAUUUACUCAGCCUGAUAUGGAGAAGACCAGAACCUUCUGUAGUUACUGCACAAAGUCUCCUGUACCAGCUGUGAAGUCAUGUCUGCAGUGUGAGAACUCUCUAUGUGAUGACCACGUGACCAUCCACAACCAGACGAUGGACCAUGUAUUAACAGAACCCACCAGUUCCUUUGGAAAGAAAAAAUGUUCCAUCCACAAGAAGGUUCUGAAGUAUUACUGCCUGCAGGACGCAACUUGUCUAUGUGUGUCUUGCUGUCUAUUCGACAAGCACAGGGGACACCAGGUGGAACGUCUAGAUGAGGCUUCAGAGAAGAAGAGAAAGAACUUGAUAAAAUAUCUGGAUGAACUAAACCCACAGAAAGCAAGCAUUCUGGCAAAAAUCCAUAGUCUGCACAAUGAUAAGGGGAGAAUACAGAAGAAAGCCUCUGAGAAGAGGAAGAACAUCAAUAAGUUAUUUAUUAACAUUAAGGAGCAACUGGAAAUUGCAGAAAACAAAGUUCUGAAUAAGAUCUCCAGGCAGGAGAAUAAGAUGUUGUCCCAGAUAGAUGAUCGGAUCAAGAAAAUGGAAAUAGAGAAGGAUGAGCUGUCCAGGAAGAUACGUCACAUGGAGGAGAUGUUUCAUGUCACUGACCCAAUAAGACUCUUACAGGAAAGUGACAUUACAGUAUGUAGUAGUAAGGAGGACACAAGGGGAGAGGGUGGACAGAUGAUCAAUUCUGAGGAGGUGGGACUGGUCCCAGGAGAAGCUGAAGUUCAUAUAUCUGACCCCAAAGUGCAUGAUAAUGGUUAUGACUCAAAAACUGUCCUACAGUUAUCAGACCAAAGAGCAUCCCUUAGUGAGAAGAGUGUGGAGGCAGAAGAAGAAAAAGCUGCAGUCAGUGAUGAGAUGGCUGAUGAUCUGGAAGAUGUUCUGAUCUCAUCAAUAUUACACCAAUCUAUGAAGGAUGUUGUCACCUAUGUAACAUCAGAGCUCGGGAUCCAUGUUCCUGACAUACUGCUGGAUGUGGACACGGCUCAUACAUGGGUGGCAUUGUCAGAAGAUCUGAGAACAGCAUUACGUUUGAAAGAAAACCAGGGCCGACCAGAAUCUCCAGGAAGGUUCCAGACAUACUGCCAGGUAUUAAGCAGAUGUAGCUUCUCCUCAGGACGACAUUACUGGGAGGUAGUGUGGAACCAGAAAGGAGCCUGUGGCAUCGGAAUGUCCUAUCCCAGUAUAGAAAGGAAUGGUUAUCAGUCUGGUAUGGACCAUAACGAUAAAUCUUGGUGUUUGUUUCUGUCUGAUAAAAAAUGUUCAGCAUUUCACAACUCAGUAAACCUAGUCCUUGAAGUAAAUCCAACUUGUCCAACACUUGGAGUCUUCUUAGACUAUGAGGCCGGGCGUCUGUCCUUCUACCAGCUGUGUGACCCCAUCAGACACUUACACACCUUCCGCGCCUCAUUCACUGAACCCUUACAUGUUAUCCUCUAUGUUUUUAAAGGAGCCUCUGUUAAAAUAAGAAGCUGAGACCUAUGCCGCCCACAUUAUAUUCACUAUAUGGAUAUGUAGAAAGCCUAUCUUUGGUAGGACCCUCUGAUAUGAUAUUCCAGUUCCCAUUUUUCCCGUUUGAUUUUUUUUUUGUCUUCCUUAGGGCUAAGAUGUAGCAGCAUCAAUGGUUGAUCCAAAUGGAAAUUUUAAAGGGAAUUUGUAACCUACAAAAUCGGUUUCAAAGUAAGCAUACCGCCAUGUUGGACAGGAGCCCCGAGAAAUAACCAGCACUUUUCUUGUAAAAAUCCAGUCCUGAGAAAUGCUUCUUUUUGGUGUGCUGCACUGUGGGUGGGGCCGCUCCAAUAGGCACACUAUCUUGUUGCCAGUAACGUCUCGCAAUGUCUCACCCUCUUGUUUGAGUGACAGUUCCUUUAAAUUUCAGAGGAAUCCAAGUGCACCAAACAGAGUGGCCCUGCCCAUGGUGCACCGAAAACCUUAUUUGCCUUAAAAAUAGAGGACUUGAUUUUCAGAAGAAUGGUGUGGCUAUCUUUUGGGUACCUAGCUUACAUUGUUGUAUGUUUAUUUUGAAACAGAUUUUGGAGGUGACAGACUGUCUUUAAAAGGAUUUUCUGGGGGGAAUCUUUAAAAAAAAAUUGGCCACAAACUUAAAAAUGAAGUAUAAUUAACCUCCACUGAUCCCUCACCACUGACGCUCGCCCUUGUUUUUAAAACCAAAGAUAUCAGGAAAGAGCUGCUCGGCAAAUCACUGGCCUUACUGGUGACUCGCCUCAUCAGUGAUUGGCUAAGCAAAUCUAUCCUGGCAGCACCGGUGGGGAUCGGUGAAGGUCUGUAAU